UUUAUGAACAGUCGAUUCGCCAUUUUAAUGAAAUGCUUCAUUAAUUCAUCCUCGGUUUUGACGAAGCCGAAUCGGUUUUACAAAGUAAUUCUUAUUUGGAUUUUUUUUCAGGUUGAUUCAAAACCUUUGGCAUUAGCUAUAGCGCAAGAAUGGAAUUGUCAAGGAAAGAAAAUAGAUAUGAAUUUGAUGCGACUUACGGGUCUUAUUUUUACUGCAAUUGAUAAUCCUAAUUUAUUGAUAAGGUUUGAUAUUAUUUACAAACUGCUCGAUUAUUUAACUACUGAUACUCUUUUAUAUCAUGCAGUUGGUGAUGAAGAAUUGGCCACUCUACAAUCAGAAAAGUGGGAUCCGAUUAUUAAAUGGGCCAAUAACGAAUUUGGUUUACAGCUUAAACCUAGCUACCAAAUUUGCGAAGGUCAUUCAGUCAAUUUGAGUGAUGAUUCUUUAAAAAUAUUAAGGAGUUAUCUUAAUAAAUUUUCAUUUCCCGCUCUUAUUGGGAUUAGUUAUGCUGUCGAAUCUUGCAAAUCUUUAUUGUUGAUCUUGGCAGUCAUGGCUAAAAAGCUAGAGGUUUCCGAUGCGGUCAAAUACGCUCUGCUUGAGCAACAAUUCCAAACUGAAAUUUGGGGAAAGGUCGAAUUUUCACAUAGUAUUGAAGAAGAGGAAUUGACAGCAAGGCUUUCUGCUGGUGUUCUAUUCGCUUAUUUGGUAUCACAUAAUUGGAACCAGUCUUAA